GUCUCUCGCACAGCAUUAUAAGCCGGAGAAGACCGAAUGUAGGUCUGGAUGUGGUGUAGCCAAGGAUAUCUCAUCGGCCCGUCCGAUAAAGAAGGUCAUAAAGGUUUCUGCGCGUAUUUCUUGAGCAUAACCGUUUGCGUGUAAUUUUUUCAUUAUUUAGUACAACUAUGCUGUUACACACAAACAUGGCGGUCUACUUGGAUCUCUUUACACAAAAGUGUCUGACUUUGACUUGAUGAUUAAAAGUAUUACUUUCAGUUACAUACAUUUUUUAAUCUUCAUGGAUGUAUGUCGUUAGAGAAUAUUGAUUUGAACGACUAUGCAAUACCUGAAGUUAAAAAUCGUAUACAAUCACUUGUAGUUCCGUUAGCUUAUUUUUAUUCAAAUAAUAAAGAUCUUUAAUCAUGAUUGCAGGUAGGUAAUGCAUUCAUUGGAUCCAGAUUCUACUGCUGAGCAUGAUGGAAGAAAAAAACACUAUUGAUUUGCUUCCAAUGACAUUUUCACCAUUAAUUACUAAUGCUAGUUAAUUAUUUUUGACUCUUAAAAAAAUUCGGCUUCCUAUUGUGGAAUAAACGGAAAAGCAAUAAUGCCAUUCAACCUCCAACAAUCUUUAAAUGGAAAGAAACAUUUUCGUUUGCGUUAACAAAUAAGACUUGACGUCACAUCUUGCAUUGAUAUUAAUGUAGCAUCUAUAAGAUAAUUCCAAAUAAAAGAGAGAGAUUUCUAUAUAGUUAACUGGUUUCGAAUUUUGAAAAAGAGCCAUAGCCAGCACCAUUGCGAUAUAUAUUUUAUCAACUAUUAAUGAAUGAAAAGCAAAAAAGUGGAAGUUCUCUUACCAUUAUGCAGUAGUACAAUAGAGCUUUUGGGUUGUAGUAUGAAUUGCCCACAACACUAUUAUUACUAUUGCGGUCAUUAGGCAGAAGGUGUACAUAACUUUUGCAAGAAAUGUGAAUUUGGUUUGCGAGCCGAAGAUGUUGCUAUCGUUUUAUUAUGACUUAAUGUCGCAGCCCUCAAGAGCUCUGUACAUAAUACUCAAAGUAAGUGGGAUACGAUUUCGGGAUUGUCCAGUUGCUCUAAGGAAUGGUGAACAUUUAACCGAAGAUUAUAAACGUGAUAUUAAUCGUUUUCAGAAAGUACCUUGCAUUAUCGAUGGCGAUUUCAAAUUAGCUGAAAGUGUAGCAAUUUUAAGAUAUCUUAGCGCCAAAGGUAAAAUACCUGAAUAUUUAUAUCCGAAAUAUUUUAUUGAACAAGCACGCGUUGAUGAGUUUCUUGAAUGGCAGCAUAUAACAUUACGGAUUGGUUGCGCUAUGUAUUUCCGUCGCAUUUGGUUGGACCCUUUAUUAGGUGGUGAAAAACCAUCUGAAGAGAAAAUUGCAAAGUUGCGAGAUCAUAUGGAAAUGAAUUUACAUGUUAUAGAGAGUACUUGGUUAGAAAAUAAAGAAUUUCUAACUGGUAACACUAUGACCGUGGCAGAUAUAUUUGCUGCUUGCGAAAUCGAACAAACUCGCAUGGCUGAUUAUGAUGUGCGUAUUAAAUAUCCAAAAAUUCGUAGUUGGUUGAAACGCGUUCGUGCCGCCUGUAAUCCUCAUUAUGAUUAUGCCCAUCAAUUUGUAUAUAAAAUUUCUGGUACAACACCAAAUUCAAAAUUAUAAGAAGUAUGACUAAGUUUAAGGAAUCAACUUUAAUAAAGGUAAACUGUUUUCGUUAGUGCAAGAAGCCUUAUCUGAAAAACAACGUAUAUUGCUGAAAGAAUAUAUAUUGCAGGCGUUCUAGUUAAUGGAUAUUUGCC